UACGAGGGUUGAAUUUGUGUGCGCAUUUUAUCAAUAAAGAUUGUGUUCGGUUUCAUCAUGGCGGAUUACAAGGAGGCUCCUUUGGCUACUCGACCAAGUACUCUGGAUCCAAAGGAAUAUUAUCAUCUGACCCCAGCCCAAAGGCGAGCAGCGGAGGAGAGACUGGCUAUUCGAGCUCGUUUGAAGCGAGAGUUCCAGUUGCAGUUGAAUAAUCCUCUACAAAGGGGGGUUAUUGAAGACACUGCUAUGACUCGGUGGACCUAUGCUAGGUCUGCAAAUAUCUAUCCAAAUUUUAGACCUACCCCCAAAACUUCAUUGUUAGGAUUUCUGGCUGGUGUUGUACCCCUAUUUUUCUGGUACUAUGCCUUCAAAACAGAAAGGGACCACAAAGAAAAGUUGAUCCAAGAGGGAAAAUAUGAAAGACCAUUCAGAAUGUCGUAUUAAACUUCAGCUGUAUAGAAGAUUCCUUUCAUUUUGAAUUGUUGAGCUGCAUUUAUUUCAGAGUUGUCACUGCAAAGUCAGAAUAAUAAAUUAAUAUAUUGAAAA